GGGGGGAAAGGGGGAAAAUAAGUCCUUUGCAUGGCAGCUGGAACGAGCUCUAUGCCUGGGCACAGAGCGGCGCAAAAGGAGAAGCUGGGAGCUCUCAAACUCCUGCGUGCUGUAAUGAAAUAGGGCAAAAAUGCAGUUUCAAGACUAAUGCAAUUUUGUCAGCUUUGAACUUGGGACUCCCCUGAGAAAAGAAUUCUACGUCAUCUCUCUAAUAGGAAGAAAAGAUGGGGAGCUCAGCAAGCAUUCUGUGCGCUGGCAGGAUCCAUAAAGUGCUGGCGAGCACAGCAUGAGUGAUGCACACUGCUGUGGCCCGCUAAUGUGAUGAUGUAUGGCACCUGCGGGCUGCCAGCACUGCUGAUCAAAGCGCAGCGCAGGGAUCAAUCUCUAAUCAGAGCAGUUGUGGAGGGCCGGAGGAAAGUGAUCAAAAGACCCCGGGACCCACUGCUUUGACAGGAAACCAAUCAGACUCUGUGCACAGUACAGGAAAUUAUUUGCUCUGUGUGAGAGGAGAAAUUGCUCCCUCUGCCCCUUCCUGGCUUACCUGACAUCUGGGGAAUUUAGGGCACCACUUUGUGAGAAAAGGAGCUUGGUACUGGUAGACUAAAAUCUGGUACUUCUAUGCCAUGGUCUGCUCAAUCUGUGUGAGUGCAGCAAGAUGCCCAGAUGCCAUUGUUCUGCUUCAAAUUUGUUAGCCCAAAACCUGCUGUGGGGUCGGUCUUCCAUAGGAGUGCUUGGUAAUGCAGGGCACGGCACAAUGGCAGGGAUCCAACAGAGAGGUGUGAGAAGUGGAUAGUGCAAACAGAACUUGUGUAAGUGGGCAUAAGUAUACAUGACAGCAUAAGCUGGAUUCCCUUCACGUGCAGCCGAAGUGCAUCUGCCUUGGGUCAGGCUUCAACUGGUUUGCAGUGCGAUUUGGCAUGCUGUGAGGUACAGUCAGUGCCUCUUAUAGUAAACACGAAUCCAGGAGAUUUAAGUGCCAUGGAACUGUAUUCUCUGGUAGUUCAUACUUAAAACAAUCCAGGUUCUUGUUGUUGUUUACUUGAGAUCUGUUUUCUAGUUGUUCAAUUACAAAACUUUUCUUGUAAAUGAGUACAAGUUUAAGUGCGACUAAGUACCAACUCCUGAUUUUUCUUCCCUGAUUUUAAUUAUUUGGGAGAUCAGCAACACUGGUCAAACCAGUUCUUACUUGGUUUAAUUAGAGCAGUUUUUACACUCUACUGCAACCUAAAGAUUGUAUAGCUUUUAGCUAGAGGCAGGUUAAAGCUGCCUGGAGUUGGAGAAUGAGAUAUUGCUGUUCAUGUGCCAAAUAAUCAUUGGUCAGCAGAGAGGGAGCUUUUUCAUUCACGCAGUCUACAAAUAAAAAAUCUGUCCUCUACUUGGCCACGCAGCAGUUUUUACAAGUAGUUCUGUUGCGAUGUGGAUUACAGUGUUACUCAACUCCAUGUGUGGAUGAUGUAGCUGGUGGGUCAAGGUGAUACUAAAUAUGUCUAUGACCAAUUAUUAAAUCAAUGGGACUAUUUGUGUUACAGAAGGUAAGCAGUGCUUAUGGACUUUCCUUUUAAUAAGUGGAGUUUUUUUUUUUUUUUUUUUUUUUUUUUUUUUUUUUAGUAGCUAAAUGAGCGUUAAUGUCAGAAUUGCUGUUGUACUCAAUUGGGCUUAUUUGUGAAAUGAAAGAGUACUUAAGUACUCCUGUUUCUGUAGCAUGACAUUUUAGGUGGUAAUUUCCUAGGGAAAGUAUUUCUUUGUAUUUGUAAAUUAGGUAUUCUUUAAGCACAACCUUUGGCUAUUACCUCCUGGGAAUUCAAUGUGAUGGGCCUUACAAGGCUGCUAUAGCUCCAUUUGAAGUGACUUAUAAAUACCUCAUUUUUGUUGGACUUCUGUGAUGGUCAGAUUUCCCUUAAUAAAAGAUUUAUUUGUAAACUCUGCUUAACAUUAAAGGAGUUUUUUUUUUUUUCUUGGGGGGGUAUCUUCAGUGUUUUCAUUUGCAACUCAACUGAGUAAAUACUCAUCUGAAGGGUCAAAGACCAUUUUCUAGAGUAGUAAGUGGUGUGUGCACUGAUGACUCCCAUUUAUUUACAUGGAUUUCAUUUCAAAAAUACUUUGUUAUGCCAAAAAAAGAGAUUAUGCUUGAAUGGAUCUUCAGAUGUAGAUGGCUUUGUCAGUUCUCAUAUGACUGUCUGAUGCAUUUCUUAUGAUUUUUUUCCAUAUUGUAACAAGGAGUCAAAAGAAAGGCAUCUUAGUUUCCUUUGGGGGAACAAAACUCAAUCUCUUGCAUACUGAAUUCGAUUACUUGGAUGGUUUACUUAUUUCUUUCUGUUAUUGUUCUGUGCACUUCUCAUUAUACUUUUCUAUACUAUCUUUCUGUAAUAGUAUCUUCAGCUUGUUUCUGUAAUUUCAACAGUGUCUGAGGGAGCUUUUGGUGGUGUAUUUAAUGAGAAUGACUUAACUCUGGUGGCCCGAGUGUAUUUCCUUAUGUGAUACUGUUAGUUUAGGUUGCAUUUAAUUGCAACAUGAGGUGGUAGGAGAAACUAAAUUAUUCUUCCUUGGCUGUUUUACAGAAGAUAAUGAUAAGUGCUUAUGGUAACUUUACUAAGCUACAGAAGUCAUAUGUUACAAUUUCUAUAAGAAAUAUAAGGAUGUCUUUUACAUAAAAUAAUGUAAGUUCAGGUGCUGUAAGCAGUGAACUGUAUAGCUAAUGUGGUAUGUACAUUUAGAAAGUAGUAAUGAAUGAUUUCAGAAGGCUGAGGAGCUGAGGUCAAGUAGCAGUUCACCAGUACCAAUUAGUUACUAUUACCAGUACCAAUUACUAAUUUUUCUGCAUUCAGUUUCAAGUGAGAACCCCAGGAUGGCUGAGGCUGGCAAAGCCCACCGGGUGCAUCAGGCUAAGCCCCAGCUGUGGCAAGGACCACCCAGAGCAGCUGUCCAGGCCCAUGUCUGGGCAGCUUUGGGAGUGACUCCACAGCCUCUCUGGGCAGCCUGCAUGCAGAAGUGCUUUCUAAUGUUUAAAUACAAUCUUUUCCAGUUUGUGCUGAAAAGAUCCUGUUUCUGUUGUCUUUGCACCCUCCCUUUGGAUAUUUGUACACGUGAAUGAGAGCCCCCUGCUCCCCUUCUUCUCCAGGCUGAGCAGCCCCAGCUCUCUCAUCCUCGCCUCACAGGGCAGGUGCUCUGAGCCCUCUGUCAUCUUGGUGGCCUUCCACUGGAUACUCUUCAGUAUGCCCAGGUUUUUCUUGUUCAAUUCUGGCACCCCCAGUACACAGUACUGCAGAUGUGGCCUCACCAGUGCUGAAUUGAGGGGAAGGAAGGAUCAAUGAAUAGUGAUGAAUAAAGUUGCGGAAGCAAAUUCUAGAAAACCAUAGUCUUCAUUGGACUUCUGUCAUUCCUGCAGCAUAGGUAAUAUGCCAAUCUUUUGAUAGCUCUUAAUUUCCUUUAAGUGCUUCUUUUUUAUGUUUUUGAAUAGAAACCCUUAUUAUUAAGUAUCUGAACAUGGAUCACUUCAUAAUGUAUUUCUUAAAUCUUUUGGAAAGGGGAGGGUUAUGUCAUUUAAACAAAAAGAAAAAUGACAAGCUGGAAUUCAAGACUUGUGUAUCUUGGACCAUUGUUGGGAAGAUUUGGUGGGUGGAAGUGAGAUCCAACAAAGUGUCAAAAGGACAGAAAUGUCUUCUGUCUUCUCCUUAGGUAGUGCCUGGCCUUAUGUGUCCUGUCCAAAUGAUCUAGAGGAUUUCCCUGUUUGUGCAUCUUUAAAGGAGUUUGCAGCUAAUACAUGGAUAGGGCCAGAAUCACAAUACGAAGUUUCUGGUGAAGAUCAUUUAACUUGGGCUUGCAGCACUUGAAGGAAUUUGUUGAUGUCUGAGUGAUGCAUCUCAUUCAAUUCUUGGAGGUGAGAAUGUCAGAGCUUUUAUGAAGUGCAGUAAUUCGACUGCAAGAUUAUCUCUGACAAAAGAGCAUACUUCAAAGCAGUAGCAAGCAAUGCUGCUUCUCCUGAGUUUAGCUGAAUUAACAACUGCUGGUACAGCUUGACUACUGCUGGCUGGCAGAAAUUUCUUUUUGAGAAGAAAAGGAAGAACAAAAUAUGAACAUGUCAUCUAAAAGGAAACAUGAUAGUGAUGCAAUUUGUCCUAAGAUUAAUAUAUUUCUGUUUAAUUCAACACUUGUUUUGAAACACUUUAAAGCUCUUUUCCUGGGAAGUAAAGAAGUACACCACAUCCUCUUUUGACUUGUGAUUAUGACAAAUUAGAGAAGUUCUUCAACACUGCAAUACAAUGCAAUGCAAGAAGAUUUAUUUAUUUAUUUUUUCCUCAGAAAGAGUGGUAAAGCAUUGGAACAGGCAGCCUGGGAAGUAGUGGAGUCACCAUCUCAGGAGGUUUUCAAGACGAUAGAUGUAGCAAUUAGGUACUAGUUUUAAUGGUGAUGGAUUGGCAGUUGGACUAGAUAAUCCUAGUGAUAUUUUCCAACCUUAAAAUUUGAAAAUCUUUUGGCAUAUUGUCCACCACUUGUUCUCUAGUCAUAGAAUCAUAGAAUCUUUUGAGUUGUAAGGGACUUUAAAGGCCAUUUAGUCAAGCCCCCCUGCAAUGAACAGGGACACCCACAGCUAGAUCAAGUUGCUCAGAGCCCCAUCCAGCCUGAAGUUGGAUGUCUACAGGGAUGGAGCUGUCACCACCUCCCUACCCUACCUGUUCCACUGCUUCACUACCCUUAAACUCUUUUCCUUAUAUCCAAUCUAAAUCUCUUCUCGUUUAGUUUGAAACCAAUACCCCUUGUCCUAUCACAACAAUGAAAAAAUCUAUCCCCUUUCUUCAUAUAGCCCUCCUUCAGAUGCUGAAAGGCCACUCUCAGGUCUCCACCGAGCCUUCUCUUUCCUGGGCUGAACAUUUUCAUAUGCAAGUGUUUGGAUCUGGGAUAACAGAAUAUGAAUUAUCCUCUUAUGUCUAUUACAAACAGAAAAAGCUUUGCUCAGGGAAAUGGGAAAAUGUUCAGGUGUUACUGUAUAGUUGCACCCUUUUAUACCGGUGAGAAUGGGAGACUUGGAAAAGAGUUGCAACCAGUAGCAACUUACCUUGGUGGAUUUUUUUUUUAGUGGCAACACACUUUUAGAGAAUUAAUCCUCAUAAAUUAUUCAUUGGCCUUGCCUGCCCCUUCACAGUAAAUUCAUUCAAGAUAUGAUCGUAAACACAGAUGUUUUAAGGAGAUUCUUUUAAGUCAAAGGAACAUCUCUGUGUUCAGUUUCUUCCCCAAAGCCCGAAAGACUGAAAUUACUUCUCAAAUUUGUUAAAGUUGAUUAUUAAUUGUGUUAGUUUCCAGACAUAGCUCCACUUUGAGGCAUUGUUAAUGCUUCACACACAGCACAAUGCAUGGCCAUGUAAGGCUGAGUGUGAGCUAGGUAGGAGCUGAACAUCAGGCUAUGCUCCCUGGGGUGCAUGCUGCAAACCUUCCUGUUGGACAUACAGCUUUAUUGAUUUGUAUUCUUGUAGUGCUCCAUUUUCUAUGUAAGCAAUACCUUUAGUUGAGUAGCUAUUGCUGUAAUUUGCCUACAGUACUGUGGAUCAGCUGAGGGGAAAGUGAGGAAGGGCUUUCAGCACUUGCCUCAGACUAGGCCCAGGCAGUGAAAGGCACAUGUGUGGUACCACUUUUGUAGUUUUUGCUCUUCUACAUCUUUAAACAAUUAUUUGAUUUGGCAUUUAUCAGCAAAGCCCUAGAUUUCUGUCAGGCAGGGAAUGUUAUAUUUGAAGAGUUAAAAAAAAAAAAAAAAAAGUACUUGGAGACACUCCUGCCAUACUGCCCAUCUCAGUCUAAUCUUUUUAAUCUCUGCUGCUUUUUAAGUAUCAUUUGUUUAAAGCACAUUAAGUGGGAGAAAUGAAUUUACUGGAAGAGCAGCUUCUUUGAGAAAUAAUGAAUACUGUUGCUGAUUUGAAUCUUUGACUAUGGUCUUUUCCAGAAAAAGCAGUUGUCCAGUCUUUUAUUAAACUGCUACUUGUGGAGCUUUGUUGGAUGAACUAGGGCAUGGUAGCAGGUAGAACAGCUGAUAAGUUUGGAUUAUUUAUUUAUUAUUACUACUAUUAUUGUUUGUUCUCCUUGCCUUGGUGUACCUCACUGUGUAACCAUCUGAGUGCCUCCACGUUCAUUGAAAGCAAUCGGAAACACAAGUCCAAGUGGCUUUGCGUUCUUCCUCUGGACAGGAAACCAGAACUCAUUUUAUACAAUAGUUAAACAUUUUAAGAAGACAUAUGGCAUAGGAAAUUAUUCUGCUGUGUGUGAAGGUAUUUCCAAACUGAAAGUGUUGUUCUGACUCUUCUACCGGUAGUGGUGAAUUAUACGAGGCCACUUCCAUCUGCAGAGAGUCUGUUUCACUUGCUUGUGGUUCUGAGGCUUAUUCAAAUGCUCUCAAACAAAAUAAAAGGAAUGGAUGCAAUAACUUCUUUAUGGAAAAGUCAUAAAAAUCUACAGGGCCAUGUAAACAAAUUGGGUCAUUUACAAGAUGUUUAAGCGAUGGAUAUUCAGUCCAAAUUCGAAGGUGUGGAUUAAGUUUUACAGUCAUCUUGACUAAAUUUUGCCCUCAACAAGACUUUCUUUUUCUGCCAAGAUGUCUUUGACACUAUAGAUGACAAAUUCUCAGGAACAGUAUUUUCAAAUAUUUCAGUGCAUUCAGAGUGGAGCAGAGAAAUAGAAGAACAAUUCAAUAGUAUAAUUUGAUCCUUUUUCUGGGUAAAUGAAGGCUCUUUCUUGAUACGCGUGGUUACACUGUAAAGCUGUAGUGGAACUUCGUAGUGUUCCAGGGGAAAAUAAAUUAAAACUGUUUCCCUUCUGGAUUUAAACAUGCCUGAACUAAUUACAAAGCAACCGUUUUGGCUGUGUGCUCUAUUCAUAUAAAUAUGUUUGUACGGAACAGCAGCAACUCUGAUCCAAGUUAGAAGUCUGUUACGGAAACUUACAUUGGACCAAAUUUAAGCAUUGAAAGUCAUACCUGUGGCACAUCAACUGAAGACCUUUAUGACGCAUUUCAUUAUUCUUUCAGAAAGUGGAAUGCAAAAGAGGAUAGUAGCUUUUUUUUUUAUAAUAAAAUGCAAUCUAGAAUUAUUUAUAUACUUCAGUGUGUAUGUAAACUUACAUAGGGAGAACUAUGUCAAGUUUGGUGAAGAAGCGUUGGUGUCAGCUACUGUAGGUGCUUUCUUUGUCAUGAGAUGUGACUGCUCAGCUCUGCUAUUGCCAACAUAACUUCAGCUACCCCUCACAACUCUUCAUGAACUAAAAUGUAAAAAUAAUUUCAGAAUGAAAACAACCUGGCAAAAGUUUGGCAUGAGUUGCAAUUAACUGUACGUGUGUGAGGCUACCUAUGUAUAUCUACAGUCCAAAAUAAUGUGGCUGUAAAAAUAACUUCCUUGGAAAUUUUGUAUUUAUAUAGCCCUUUACAAGGUGAAUCAGAUGAAUGUUUCAUUGUGCAAUGUAGAUCGUAAAAACACUCGUGUUCAUGUUAUUGGCACUUGGUAUUUCAAAAAUAUUACAGUAGACUACCUCUCAAAAAAUGCGUCUCAAGGCUUCAAGCGUCUUACUAUGUAGGGUGUCUGAUGUUAUGCAAGGAGAUUCAUGCCUGUAAAUAUGUCUCUUGCUCAUUAUUAUGGUAGACCUGAAAGUGAAGUAAGGCCUUGUAAGUGAGAGCUAACAAGCAAUGACUUCAAAACAAACCUGAUUUCUAGACAAGGAGAUGAAACUUGUAUCUGACCUUACCUAAAGGCUACUUUUUGAAAUUAUUCAGGAUUCUUGCUGGAUGUGCUCUUCUCUAUUAUUAUUAUUAUUAUUAUUAUUAUUAUUAUUAUUAUUAUUAUUUUGUGUGUGUGUGUUGCAGCAAGAUUGCAAGAAAAUAAUUUUAAAAGUCAUGAUUUUUUCAUUAGCAUUUACUACCUAGUCUUUAAUAACUUAAAGGAAUAGUUGUACUCUUAUUUCUAGUAUAAGUCUCAUCCACAAAAAUAGCCUUUCAGUCUCUGUGGUAAGUGGACAUAUUCCUUCUGUCUCCUUCAGAUAUUUCCCUUGGGAGGGGAAAAAAGAAGGUAGUUUUCAACAUCACACAUUGCCAUUCUAACUUGUUUGUUUCCACCCCAUGUUUGAUAGUUAGGGGAAAGUUCACUGACUCCCUCACUGGCUGUCUUCCUGAUUUAUCUCUUUGCCAGAUACUUUCAUCAUUUCAACCCCCCUAGAGUUGCACAUUUAUUUUAAAAUCCAUCUAAUAGAAGAAAUGUCUCCUUCUCAUCCCUCCAGCUAACCAUUUGUGAAGUUUCUCCCCAAGUAUUAAAAUCAGUCAUAUCUGUUACCAGAUAAUAUAAUCUAUUCUGUAUUUAGAAGGCUUGGUAGCUAGUAGCCUUUGGCUGUUUUGUAAGAAUACAUGAAUUUGUGUUUUAUAAGAUUACACAUAUGCUAUUGAAAUAUGAAAUAACUUUCAGUGAAGCGAUUUUUAGCUCUUCUGAUCUGACUGUGUUGUUUGCACCCUCUGCUCCCUUCACAAAUGUAAUGAAGGUGUGUAUUUUUAUGUACACCAUCCUUGCAUACAAUUUAUGCAUAAAAUCCAUACGUUCAGAAAUGCCUGACACCUGGGAGCAUAGCACAUCUAUAUUCAGCUUAGAAUCUGCAACUCUAUUUUCUCUAAAAACUUCUGCUUAUCUGUCCAUUUUUUUCCUGUGGUAUGUGCUGAUAUAGAAAUGCAUGAAGUAUUUGUCUGAAGUGCUGGUUCAGCCUUAUAGUUAUUUCUUCUGAAAUGGAGACUGAAUUUGUGAUGAAUGAUAUCAUUACUGCUAAGGAUCUGAAUAUUUUGGAGAACAGUAUAUCACUUACACUCAUAAGUCCUUAAUAGAAUAAAAUCAUAGAAUCUUUUGAGUUAGAUGGCCUUUAAAGUUCCUUCUAAGUCCAACCGCCCUGCAAUGAUCAGGGACAUCUACAGCUCAGGUGCUCAGAGCCCUGUCCAGUCUGACCUUGAGUGUUUCCAGGGAUGGGGCAUUCACUCUCUGGACUUGUUCCUGUGCUUCACCACCCUUAUUGUAAGAAACUUCUUCCUUAUAGCAAAUAAAAGUCUCUCCUCUUUCAGUUUGAAACCCUUUUCCCUUGUCCUGUCACAAGAACGAACACUGCUAAAGAGUCUGUCCACAUUCUUCUUAUUUCCCCCCUUCAGAUAUUGAAAGGCCACUCUCAGGUAUCCACAUAGCCUUCUCUGCUCCAGCUGUUGCAGGGAGGGUGCUUCAUCUCUUGGAUUAUUUUUGUGGCCCUCCUCUAGACACACUCCAACAGAACCACAUUUCUUGCAGCAUUACAGAACUAAGGAGUUGGAAGGGGCCUCAAGAGAUCGUUGAGUCCAACCCACCGCUAAAGCAGGUUCCCUACAAUAGGUCACACAGGUAGGUGUCCAGAUGGAUCUUGAAUAUCUCCAUCAAAGAAGACUCCACAGCCUCUCUGGGCAACCUGUUCCAGUGCUUUGUCACCCAUGCCAUAAAGAAGUACUUUUGCAUGUUAGUAUGGUACUUUCUGUGUUCAAGUUUUAGGGCAUUACUCCUUGUCCUAUUGGUACACAUCACCUAGAAGAGCUUGGUCUCAUCCAUUUGUUUCUCACCUUCUUUUAGAUAUUUAUAAAUGUUUAUCAGAUUCCAUCUCAGUCAUCUCUUCCCCAGGUUGAACAGACCCAGAUUACUCAGCUUUUCCUCAUAUGGAAGAUGCACCAGGCCCUUAAUCAUCUUUGUGGCCCACCACUGGACUCCUCCUAGGAUAUCCCUGUCAUUUUUAAAUGGAGAAGUCUGGAACUGGGCACAGUAGUCUAGAUGUGGCCUCAUCAGGGCAGAGUAGGGGGGGAGAAUCACUUCCUUUGACCAGCUGGCCAUGCUGUUUUUAAUGCACCCUGGGAUAUCAUUGGCCUUUUUGGCCACAGGGGCACAUUUCUGGCUCAUGGCCAACCCAUUGUCCACCAGGUCCUACUCUGCAGAGCUCCUCUUCAGCAGGUCAUCUCCUAACCUGUAUGGAUGCAUGCAGUUAUUCCUCCCCAGGUGCAAGAAUCUACACUUGCUCUUGUUAAACCUCAUCAGGUUCCUCCCUGCCCAGCUCUUCAGUCUGCCCAGGUUUUGUUGAAUGGCAGCACAGCUUUCAGGUCUGUCAGCCAAUCCUCUCAGCUUUUUAUCAUCAGCAGACUUGCUGAGGGUGGACUCUAUCCCUUCAUUCCUGUCAUUAACAAAGAUGUUGCAUAAGAUGGGACCCAGCAUGGACCCCUGGGAACAACGCUAGUUACAGGCCUACAGCCAGACUCUGCACCACUGAUGACAACCCUCUCAGCUCUGCCAGUCAGCCUGUUCUCAGCCCACCUCACUGUCCACUCAUCUAUCCCACAUUUUCUAAGUUUCACAACAAGGAUGUUGUGGGAGAUGGUGUCAAACGCCUUGCUGAAAGCUAUGCAACAUCCCCAUCCACCCACCUAGUGAUGACAUCAUAGAAGGAUACCAAGUUGGUAUAGCAUGACCUCCUUUUGGUGAACCAGCCCUGACUGUUCAUGAUAACCUUCUGCUCCUCCAAUUUCUUGGAGAUGGCAUCUAGAACAAGCUGUUCCAUCACCUUUCCAGGGAUGGAGGUGAGGCUGACUGGCCUAUAGUUUCCCAAACCCUCCUUCUUGCCCUUUUUGAAGAUUAGAGUAACACUGGAUAUCCUUCAAUCUUCAGGCAUCUUUCCUAUUUACCAAAAUCUUUCAAAGACGAUAGAGAACAGUUCAGCAGUCACCUCUGCCAGUUCUCUCAGCACACAUGGAUGCAUCCCAUCAGGGCCCAUGGAUUUGUGUGCAUUGAUUUUGCCUAGGCACUCUCUGACCAGAUCCACCUUGACCAAAGGAAAAGUCUUAAUUUACCCAGACUCUUUCUUUUAACUCCAGGGUCUGGGAUUCCUGAGGGCUAGUCUUAGCAUUAAAAACUGAAACAAACACGGCAUUCAGAAUCUCCACCUUUUCAGCAUCCCCUAUUACCAAGGCACACAAUUUAUUUAGUAGGAGACCCACAUCUGGACAAAGGCUCCAGGUGAGAUCUCACCAGUGCAGAGUAGAGGGACAGGAUCACCUCCCUUGAUCUGCUGGCCACAUGAUGACUGUUAUGAGAUGUUGGGAAUGGUCAUUUUUAUUUAAUUUUGUUUAUUUAUUUAUUUAUUAACUGGAGAUUGCUACUUUAUAACUGAUUUUCAGUAUCUGCAAGAAGCAGUGUGGGGGUGGGAAAGUUGAUGCUGUGAAAUGAAUUUAGCCAGGGCUGGCAAAGGCUUUUUAAGUUCAUUUUCUUCUUGAGAGAAAGCACUGUGAUUACUUGCAAUCUUGCCUAGUACCUCAAGCAUGGCACACUUUGGGACUCUGGAGUAUGAAAGUAAAGAAAGUUCUCUUAAUUCAGUAUCUGUCUGCUUUGCAAAAUUCUCUUACUGCUUGUAGCUGGAAAGAUGGUUUUGUGUUGUUGUGAAGUAGAAAUGUAAACACAUUUUUAAACCUUGUGCUUGCUUUAUCAGUAAGAAUCAUAGAACUGAUCUGUCCCAACUAACCAAGCUUGAAAGUGCUGUGUAAUAAUACCAAGUGAAAGAGCUGUGAUGUGUUGCUGCAGUGUAACUGCUUUUUACAUAAUUACAUUGCCAAAAUUUGACCUGGUUUGAGUUCUUUGCAUUAGAGAAAAGAAACUGAUGCUGUGGCUAUGGUAUGUCUAAUGCUGACUGAUAGUUUUACAGGAUCUGUAGCUUCUCUUUGAGUCUAAAACACUACCACUGAAAGUACUGGGUCAGGGCUGGAAUAAUGCCCAUGCGUAAAGCUGAUUUCUCUUGCUUGGUAUUUUAAACAAGCACUGAAAAUCCCUUAUCUUGUUACUGAUUCUGAUUCAUUAGAAACUGUUUAAAAUGUUUCACCAUAGAAUAGAUGUUUAGUUUUCUUAUGGAAAAUGGCAACAGCAAAGUAUUCAUUCCUAGCAGCAGUUUCUUAAUGAAUGGACUUUAAUUACUUCAAUUUAUAGUUAUGUACACUUGUAUGUGGUUUGUUCUGACAUUUUUAUGUAUGUGGGUCCUUAAUGUUUGUUUGUUUUUGUUCUUUUUAUUGAGGUAAUAUUGUUUGAUUAAAUUGACUUGUUCAGCUUUUUUUCACUUUCAGGAAGUAUUUAUUAAACUUUAUGUUCAGCAUUCAAAUUUCAGAAGAGAAUAUAUUCUUUGUAGUUUUAAAAAGCAACCAUCUCUUGUUUUUGGUUUACUUAGGCAAGAAGUGAAAAUAUUGGAUCUGAAACUAUUUAGACUGUAUUAAAAGUGGUUUAACAUUAUAUUAAACAGAUCCUCAGAACAAUAAAUUGAGUUGUUUAUGGGCUAAAUAGUAGGCUUGUAUGUAUGUAUAGGUGAAGACCAAGUGAUGCUAGGUAACAUGACGAAUAGUGUUUCUAUUUCACCAUCAUUUUCCAAUAUUAAGGAAGAAAGGAUUCUUUCCUGGUCUUCUACAUGUCAGCUGUUCUUACAUCUAUUUAAUUCCAGGCAGUAGAGGCUGUUGAAUAUGUGGAUCCAUACUCAACUUGUAGUUUGAAUGUGGCCAAUAUGAUCCGCAGAGAUAAAAAGAUAUACCAUCUCAUCUGUAUCUGUACUGCAUCUGGUUCAUGCCAUCUUGUUUUGGAAUUUGCAUCUUCACCCAGAUGUUGCUACUGAACAUGGAAUAGAGUAGCUAUUUAUUUCUGAAUACUGUACCCCUGCCUCUCUAUAGGACCUCAGAAGACAACACCUGUUGUUGUUGUUCUUUAAAUGAAUGGUCUUUUAAGUCAGAGCACCUUUUUUGUGUAUGUGUGUCUACAGUUAUGUUGGCAAUACAAUGUCAAAUAUAACAGUACAUUGGUGUUAGAUUUUAGUCACAGUUUAGUCACACUGAUUUUUUGGUUACAUUAUCUCCUUUCCAUCUUUGCUUUCAGAAUAUUCAUUGCUUUGAAGUCCACCUUACAAAGAUUUUGUAAAGUAAUUAAUAUUUAUGAUUGUAUUUAAUUUUCUUCCAUCCUCUCUUUAGUCAAAUCAUUAAUAUGAAGGCAGCGCUAACAGUGCUGUUUAAUGUAGUGCACUCUAUUCUAUGCACUAGAAGUUUAUUGGACUUUCUGCUCACUUGAUUACCAAUACUUACUAAUAGUGUAUUGUCUACCUCUACUUCCCUAUAUUUGUCUAAUGACAGUACUUUGGAUAAGUGUCAUAGAUACAAAGAUAUAAUGAAGAGUUUUUCAUUAAUGCACCCAAGAAGUUUCUUCAGUGUAUGAGAAAUUGCCCUGAACUUAGGAAGAAAUUAGUUUUCAUUGCUAGGAGAAAAUUAUAUGAUGCACAUCUUCAAGAUCAAGCCACUGUCAUUAAUCAAAGCCUGGAAAAAGGAAACAUCUAGCAAGGUGACUUCUUUUUCAGACUUUUGAUUACAUUCAUAAAACAUGAAAUUAAAUAAGCUCAGCAAUUGUAUUCAUGUUUGCUAUGAUGGUUGUUCCUGUCUAGCUAUAAAACUCAUUUACAGGGUCUGAAUUGCUUUCUUAUCUGAAAUAAAUAAAUAAAAUAAAAUAAAAUUCCAGUAAUAGUUGAAAUGCAAUAAAGGUUAUUUAUGGAAAGAAGUGUUUUUAGGAUGAAAGCUAAUCAUACUUUCACAUUUUGAGCAUUAUUUUCUUUUUACAGUACUUUCAGUGCCUCUUCUAAGCUGUGUAGAAGGGCUUCUACCUCGUUUACAUUUGGAGUGAUAAAAUAUUCAUAGACAGAUGUGAAACUGUGCAGUUGAUAAGGAGUUAAAAAGUAGUUUGAUUAGAAGUGUAAAAAGUCUCUUCUGUAGUUCGCAGGAUAGCUGAGCAUUUUUGGAUGCAUUGUAGCACAGAGAAGCAGUAUAUCUGAAAAUCCAGACAUGUGAAAAAGAAAUCAGUGUUAAAAGCUAUGUAUUGGAUUAAAAAAAAAAAAAAAAAAAAAAAAAAAAUUACAGAGGGCCACACUGCAUUAGAACCUGUCUUUCUAUCUAUUUAUCCCUUUUGUUAAAAGUAGAAGGCCAAAUGAUGAUUACCAAAUGUGGUUGAACAUUUUUUUCUAAUGUUGUGCAUGAAUGACUUUUAUUUUACAAGUCUAUUAGACCUAUCACCUGAUUAAAAUAUUAUGUAAAGGUACUGAAAAUGAGAGUUGGGAAAUUUUUCACCAUUAGGACAUGAAGCUGAAAACAGCAAAGUCUACAAUCUAGUUUUCAUGUAGAAUGUAAAAUACUGGCCUGCCUUGUUUUUCUAUGGCAUGAGAAGCUAAGAACUCUUUUUGAGACCCUGUUCCUUAUAAUAUAGGGUUUGUGUGACUGUUGCUAUUUGAACGGGUAGGUCUUGCUGAACUUUUGAUACACAAGCUUCCAAUGGUUUCCUGAGGCUGCUCUAUGUUGGCAAGUCACAGGCAUUGUAGUUAUUAGCCCAUAAUGAUCAAUGUGAGUGGAGACUUCUUUUCUUAGAGGAAGAAAUGAAUUCUGUGCCAUUUUCUUUCACUUGAUGUUAAUCAAAGAGUUCAUAUCCAGGAAGUAGAGAGAAACUAAUACUUGGUUCUUACUGAGACUUUCUUCCAUGUAAUAUGUUUAUAAGUCUGAUGAAGCACAGAAAAAGAGGCAGAUCCCUAGGCUUUUUAUCUGUGUUAGAUUCUCAACAUGAGCAAUUUCCAUUUUUCCUCUGUUGUCUCUUUGUGCACUGAAAUCUAAAUGUUGGAUGCGGCCUUUGGAAUUGCUUGUCUUUUAAGAGCGGUUUAAAGAGACCACUUCAUACCAAUGGUUUUCAUUGUUUAGAGCAAAUGGUAAGUUUUAAAAAUCAAAAUCCAAGUACUGGGAAGACAAAAAAAAAAAAAAAUGUCAACAGAAAAAUAGUAUUUCUGUCUCUGAAAAUUGUGGCUCAUCUUCUUUGGCACACGCUUAUGUUGCCACUUGGGGCAGUAAGAGACAGCAAACUAUGCAAUGGUACCUUGGUGAAAAAGUAGAUUCAGUGUAACCAUGUUUUGUCUUCUUGUUAUUCCUGGCACUUAAGAAAAAAGAGUAAUUUAGUAUUUCCUGAAAUAGUUCUGAGCAGAAACAAGGCUCCCACCAGGAUUUCUUUCCUUCCUUGAACUGUUAAUUUUUUUGCGAGGGAUGAGGAGCUCUGCUCAGAGAGCUUAUGUUAUAAGUGUACAUAUUUUGUAAAAAACAAAACACUGAACAAUUAUAAAAUAGCAGAAACACAAUGUUAUGCCCCCUUUCAAGAGUCAUGGUUACAGUUGAGUGCCUGUAUUCAUAAAUCGUGCGGAGGCAGUCUGUGUGGAUAGUAAUUGCAAUUUGUAGGGCUACAGGGAAGCUCUAUGAGAACGUAAACUAUUUACUUGAAAAGUUUUGGUCACAGUACUUGUUUUUCUCACAGUGAGCACUGAGAGCUGCUGCACACCAGAGUUUCUAGAUAAAGAGGAGGACACUUGGUCUAACUCCCUGUAUUAUAUUUUAAAAAUAUAUUUGUUUAUGUGAAAGUAACAAGAACUUUGAACAGAUUUUUCUUCUUUUCUGAUCUCUCGAAAGAAGGGCCAUUUUGAGCCUGACUUCAUUUGGGAUUGCAAGCUGUCUCCUAGUUGUGAUGCAGCAAAUGACCAUAAAAGUCAGUGGGUGGUUUGGUUAAAGAGGGAGUUGUGGAAAACAAGCGCGUUCCUGUGGUAAGAUUCUGGGAGAAGGAAAAUGAAGAAAAAUAAAUUCAAGAGGAUCCAUUUUAAGGCUCUUAAAAACAACAACAAUGAAAGAAAAGUGGCUUUAGCUUUAAUGAAUUCUGCUUCUUGUUGUUGAUGGUGCUAUUGGUGUUCUUUCUUUUAUUGUGUUUUGUGUGUGUGAGACCUGGAGACUUGCUUUUUUUUAUUUUUAUUUUAUUUUUAAUAAUGUUUUGUUUAAGUAAACUGAGCCUGGAAGGAAAAGGGUGUGAUCCCGACAGUGUUGAUUUUUGGUGAGAAAGGUCAGCAUCUUGCACCUGCCAAAAAGAUUUCUGUCAGAAAUGAUCAGAUGUGUAUUUAUGGAUGGAUGGGGUAACAAGAGAAGGAAGGGGACCUUGAAUAACUUCUGUUUGUAAACAGUCCUGUAACCCCUGGAAUCAUCUUCUACAGAAAAAAAAAAAAAAAAAAAAAUUAAAUGGUCAGUAUGAGGCUAUCAAUGCUCCUAGGUAUUGUGAAUUGGUGCUUUCUAAACAGUGUGGGAAGAGAUUUUACAACAUGCUCCUUCCCACCUUUAUGGAACCUUAGUUUAAAGGUUCCAUAAAAACCCCUAGAGGGUUCAGUGUACCUCACAGGCUGCCCAGAUGGUAGCCGAUUUGGGGGAAACAGAGUGCCUAAAAACAAGGCAUAAUAUUAGGCUGGUAGAAGGAGCCAAGGUGCUCCCAGUUAUUAAGACCAGAAAAGCUGCCCCAUAGACACUCCAAUCAGGUCCCAUACCAGUGUCUCAGAAACAAAUGUUUAAUGAUCUAAUAUGGUCUGGGAUGGUCUUUACUAAGAUCAAUUGGCAGCCUAAUCAUAUUUUACUUCAACUGUGGGAACAACUACGAGAUGAUCAGAAAUUUCAAAAUACUCCCAAAAGAUCAGGAGUAUGAAUAAUCCAACAAGAACCAACAAGAACUUGGAACUUAGAGAACUUUAUAGUCCCUAAUAGAAGAAAAAACCUCCUCAAGCGACUUGGGCUGCGAUGCCCAAGCUGCUUGAGGAAAAAGAUCUGGCCAUAGGACAGUUUAUGACAUGACAGUGGAUGUUAGUUCCCCUGUAACUACGACCUCCAGGUGAGACCAGAGGCCCUAUGUCGAACUAGCAAUGUUUUGGUCCUGGAAAAAUGUACAAUGAAUCACGGCACUGGUGGACACAGGUGCAGAAACUUCAAUUGUCUAUGGUGAUCUGACUAUAUUUCAAGGAGAAAGAAUAAUGAUUGGUGAUUUUGUGGGGCAGACCAUUCUGGUCACCCAAAUGUGGUUGAAAUUAGGGGUUGGGCGUCUCGUGCCCCAGGAGUAUUAAGGUAUCUAUUGCCACAGUCCCAGAGUACAUCUUGGGUAUAGGCUUUUUAUGGGGUCUGGCUCUCCAGACAACUGUGGGAGAGUUCAGACUCCAACAGAGGUGUAUUAGUGUCCAGGCAGUGCAGGCGAUACUGAGAGGCCAUGUGAAGCAUGGACCUAUUUGCCUGCCAGAACCACACCAGAUUACUAAUGUAAGACAGUAUGGACUCCCAGGGGGGAAAGAUGAAAUACCAAGGACCGUACAGGAGUUAGAAAAAGUUGGGAUUAUAAGACCUACACAUGGUCCACAUAAUUCCCCCAUAUGGCCAGUGUGAAAGUCGGAUGGCACAUGGAGAAUGACAGUAGAUUAUAGAGAAUUAAAUAAGGUAACACCUCCUGUUCAUGCAGCUGUACCCAAUAUUGCCUCCUUAAUGGGUACAUUGAGAUAAAAACCUAUCACUGUGUCCUAGACUUGGCAAAUGCAUUCUUCAGUAUUCCAAUUGCUGAAAAUUUGCAGGAUCAGUUUGUAUUUACAUAGGGAGGCAGGCAGUGGACCUUUCAGGUCCUGCCACAAGGGUACAUACAUUUGCCAACGUAUUGCCAUAACCUAGUGGUGCAUGACCAGGCAAAUUGGAAAAAACCUGAUAAUGUUAGCUUCUAUCACUAUGUUGAUAAUCUCCUGUUGACGUCUGCCUCACUGGAGACAGUAGGACAGGUAGCAGAUUCAUUGACUACCUAUCUGCAAGAAUGAGAAUGAGCUAUAAAUCCUCAGAAGGUGUAAAGUCCAGGACUGUCUGUGAAAUUUCUGGGGGUAGUUUGGUCUGGAAAGACCAAAGUACUACCCAGUGCUGUCAUAGACAAGGCAUUCCCAGUCCCUACAACACCAAAGCAGCUGCAGGAGUACUUAGAUAUACUGGGACAUUGGCAUUCCUUUAUACCUCAUUUAGCACAGCUGCUGAGACCACUAUACAGACUCAUGAAAAAGGGACAACUAUGGGACUGGGGGAGAACAGAAUACAAGGCUUUCCAGUAGGCAAAACUGGCAGUUAAACAAGCCCAGGCAUUGGGUGUAUUUGAUCCUACCCUCCCAGCUGAAUUGGACGUUCAUGUCACUCAGGAUGGCUUUGGCUGGGGCCUGUGGCAAUGCCAGAGUUCUGUUCGGACACCCAUCAGGUUCUGGGGGUUCUUCAACUGCUAGUCAACCAUCAAUCAUCUUAUAUUAUGUAAACCUGCAUCGUGAUGAGAAAUUGUAUAAGCAUUGUGGUGCAUCAGAUCUUUAUAUUAGGGAAGGCUCACCCUUCAACCAGCUCUGUCAUUGGUUCACACUGUGAAGGGUGGAGUGUAUGGGAAAUGUUGAGUCAUGGCCUGAACCACUUGAGCAUCUGGGGAAAGGAGCCAGUCAGCCCUGGGAGCACAGGUGAAGGUAAUUCACCUGUGUGACCAGAAGGGGUGGAGCCUGGCUCCACUUCUCUUAGCCCCUCCCAUUUAAGGGCUGACUGCCACUGGGAAAGGAUUCCUGUUUGGAGAUCCCUCCCUUGUGGCAUCUUUUUUGUUAGCCUAGAUCUUUGCAGAUGGGUGAGCACUUUUACUUUGAAAUACAAUCCUAUCUGUGCUAGUCCCUUUGCUAUUACACUCUUCUAUCACCCUUCUACCACAUUAAUCUUUCUGAUUGUAACAGAUAUGUGUUGUAUAAUCCUGUUACUGAAGCUCUGCACAUGGGAAUGAUGCUGAGAAAGUUCUUUGUGCUGCACUCAGACCUGGGAGUGCUGGGUACCACAGUAGUACAGAUCCAUAAAUUUCACUGCAGCAACCUCUUUCCAUGUUCUGUUUCAAGUACAGCAUUGUUAAUGCUGUUAAGAGAUGUUGGUAUUCAGGUGGUGACUGUAAAAAUGGGAAGCAAAUGCUCUUUAGCAUUCUUUCUUAAGCACUAGGCAGCUAUGUCAAGUAGUGGUCUGUUUGUUUUGGCUUCUCUUUUCUUCCCAUAGACUUUUUUUCCUUUGGCUAUUAUACUAUCAGGACCAGAAUCUAUUCCUCUAUGAAGCCUCUUUGUAAGAGCAGCAGAGACUUUCUUCUACCUUAUCAGUUCAAGGAACAGAUCUAGUGGCUGAAUUUGUCUGAAGAGCCCUUUUCAGUGCUGUUGGCACAACACAAAUUUCUAAAGGAGAACUGAAAGCAGCAUGGAAAUUGUGACCCAUUUGCUAAUGUGUAGUUGUAGGAAACUUUCUUUUGCAUAAGAUCCAGAGAUGUUUGUCUUAAUAUUGUAAUGACAAUAAAUCACCCUUGCUGACUACUUCAGCUCCCCAGUGGGAAAGUAGGUGGGCUCCUUGGUGGAGGCAAUGGAAUUGACAUCUCAUGAAGGAAGUACUCCUCUUAUACUGUUUUCCCUUGUCCUCUUUCCUACUUGUCUUAUAUAUGUAAGAAAGUUUUCUGGAAUUUAACAGGUAAUGCCAUGUCUUCUGUCUAGCUUGUGCAUGAUAGUGAAUUACUGCCCCAUGCCACUCCUCUAACAAAAUUUUCUAGGAUUUCUUAACUAUUUUUAAAUGAAGAGAAACAGACCUUUCAGAAUACCAGGUAUAUACCAGAAUGUAUCUCUUUAGUUUCUCUGGAAUCAGUGUUUGGAAGCCAUCCUGCCCUUAGGUGUGUGUUUUUAAUUGCAACCAAAACAAAAAUAUUUGCUAUUAAAUAAGUAUAUUAAAGAGAGAAGCUGUGUAUCUGAUGGCUUGUGCUCUGAAGUUCUAAUUGUUAUGUGCACAAUAAAUAGCACCUACUUAGUGGAUAAUCCCCAUUAACCACAUCAGGGAGAGGUGACAAGAUAAGGACUAGGUAGCAGCAGCUACUUGUUUUCUGUUUUGUUGUUGUAUUUUUUUUUUUUUUAAUCCUGAUGUUCUGGACUUCAUGAUACAGCACUGUUAUGUUUAGACUAUAGAACUGAAAGCUCAGCUUUCAAUUUACACCAGGAAGUUACUUGGUAAGCAUGUUUUUAUUUGGGAUGACUUACAAGAAAUGUUUUUCAGGAUUGCCUUCUAUGUUUAAAGAUAACCCACAAUUCAGCUGAUAGGCUGUCUUUUGUGAGGGCACUUGUUUGUUAUUUUAUGGAUUCCUAGAGGAGGAAUGAAGUCCGCAGUUAUGCACAGCCUAACACAUGCUCUGAUGAAGACAAAGUGAUGCUUUCAGUAGCAUUGGGCAAGUCUAUUGGAAGAGCUCCUGCUGCCAGAUAAGCCCAGAUCCUAGUGGGGAUCAUCACUGAUGUUCCUGAAGCUGGGUCAGUGGCUGCAUGCCAGCAGGUCCUGUCUUUGGGAACCUUUCAGAGGGGAAGGUGCUCACUGUGAGAUAUCCCGUGGCUGAUUCUGAAUCCAAGGCUGAGCAGUUGGGCUUCUUUCCUCUCAGUCUGCCAUAUCUAUCUAGGGAGGGGCCACAGGUGCUGGGGAAGGAGAGGAAAGAAAUAGAUUGUUGCACUAACCGAAAAAAUGCUUAUGAACCCCUCCCAUAUUUGUCUUGAUGUGGAGAAUGUGAUGUGGUUUUAUUCACUAAAAUAACCAGACUUCUAGGAAAAUGUAGGCCAAAGUGAUCCCAUGCAAGGGGAAAUGUACUGGAAAUCUCAGAUUGAGUUGCUGGUACUUCCUUUUCUGGCUCGCUUUCAGCUGUGCCUGUGAGCGCAAAGGAAUGGCAUGUAUUUAUACAUUUGUAAAUAAGGUCCUGCACAUUUUCCGCUUGAGAACAUGCUCUCAGCCCUUUUAUGGUUGGGAAGGGGUGUUUUCCUCUGCCUGUGAGCUGCCAGAGAACUGCACAUUUCCAAGCGUGCUGCUCCAAAACUUGUAGAUAAUACUGUGUAUUUAAAUCUGAGUUUAAAUAAGGAAGUUUGGGGAAUUGAAAGCAAAAAGUCUUUUUUUCUUUUUCCAAUAGAAAUUUACUUUAGAAAAAAUAAACAGGUUUUUCAUUCUGUACUCCUGCUAACACAGGAGCCUCAGUCAGCUAUUUACUUAAAAUAACGCUUAGGUCAAGCUCCUGUGACCAUAUUUCUUUUUCAAAAUAUUUAUCAGGAAAGACCUAAUUGAUAACAGCUUAUUAGGGGAUUGAACUCUUCCUGAAGAUGCAAUGUCAGCUGAUUAUAGUGUAUCAAUCUACUAGAUCAAUAGUAUUCUUAGAAUAAUUGAUUUUUGUUUAAAGUAAUAAUUUAAAAAAUGACAAAAAAAUUUCCUAAAAUACUACCUACUACCAGUCUAUACUUUCACUUAUUGGUGACAUUUCUGAUUAGCGAUAUCCAAUCCCUUAUGUUUGAUGCAGAACACUUAAAUGUCACUGUCAUUAAUGUAAUAGUAUUUUUUUACUUUGAUUUUGUUAAAGGAGACGCAAAUACAACAGUUUACUUGCAAAUCAGUUGGACUGCAGAGAGCCUAAAUAAAUGUUUUCUUUCUUUUAUGUGGAAUAUUGAUCUGUUUUAGGGAAAGUAGUAUGCAAUACAAAAUAUAUGUCCAGGUAGGGCUUCAUUUUCCACUGACUGUAUGGCUUUUGACAAUCACAGCUUUGAAGACUGCAGAUAUACUGGAGUGGGUCAUUUGAAGCACUUGAAAUACUCUUCAACUAUUACAGAAUUCUUAUUUUUUUUUUAGCUACUAAAAAUAUUUUUAGUACUAAUGCUAUGGUGCACAUAGUACUCCAGUCUAGCUGCUACCCUAAAGACUUCAAAUAGUUUUUCUUUAAAUCAGACGCUUGCUGUCCUCAGAUAAAACUGUGAAACUAUAAUUCUUCCUGGAAAAGAAGGAAGAAAGACUGGAGGAGGAAGAGUAAUGGGUUGCUGACUACUAAAAGGGUUAGAUUUCCAAAUUUUCACUCAGUUUCCCAAAGCUGCCUUACACUGGAAGGUGGGAGACUUGCCAUUUAUUUUUUUUCCAAUUUCUGUCCCAUUUAAUUAGGUCAAAAUAUAAUGUUCAGUUUGCUGUGAUUUUAAUAGCAGUGUGUUUCAUAAGUGAUGAGAAUAUACUGUGAGUUUUAGGGCUUUUGUACACUUUAAAUAUUCAUUUAUGACUUGAGAUAAAGUGUUUGGGAAUCUCACUUUGUUGUAAUCACAGUUUAUUAUUUUUAGGCUGAUAGAUCUGUUUCAUGGUUCUUUGGUUAUAUCAGCCUGCAAGUGCUGCAUUGGUGCAUGCUUCAGUUUAGACUGUAGCAGUCUAAAUUUGCUGCGUGUGUGUUUUGAUUCAGUCAGUAGAAGUGGAAAUUCUGGCAAGAAUUAAAUUCCUGAGGUUACCUGGCAGAUGGUUUCAUGAUAGAAGGAGCUUUCUCUCCAAGGUCAUGUUAUUGCAUUACCCAGUAUUUAUGUAAUCUUUGAAAAUAUGUAGUUAAACACUUCUUAAGAGUUAGGUACUACUUGUAUUUGUUAUUCUUGCACAGGCCCAAAACACUUCAGCUUUGUGGGACUUCAUCUUUUCUCUUUUUUAAGCAUAAAGGAUUGGCUGUGGAAAUAACUCCUUUGGGUGGCAUGGCACCAUGGUUUUAUUGAUCAGAAGAAACAGGCAGUGGGAAGCAUGAUGACAUGACACCCAAGAUGUGUGAGUUUGCCUAUUGCUGGUUUACACCCAGGUGAACUCAGCUGCAGCUUGCCAUGUCUUGCUUGUGGAGGAGCUGGUAACUCACAUUCUUGUCUAAUUUACAUGUGUGGAGGCUGGGAAGGCUUUAUUGGGGAGAAAACAACUGUGAUGAUCUCCUGUCUUAAGAUAAGCCAAGAAAAUAAUUCCUUCUCCAAAGAAGUGAGAAUCACUGACAUAAUAGGCUUCCCAGGGCACUUUCUCAAUUUAGCUCUUCAUUACUCUGCUAGGCUACAAGUCCCAGAGCCACCAGUUAAUUAGUGGCGUAAUCCUCAACUUUCUUCAGCCAGAGGCAAGAAGCAAAGCUAGUAUUUAAGUGUGGAAAGAAGUGAGCAGGAUUAAAACAGAGAAAAAAAUCAGGCCUCAGGGGGAUCUUCUGUAUUCCUAGAGCUUGAUUAUUGUUGUCACUAAAUGUGCUAAAUUAUUGCUUGAGUCACAAGGUGUGCCAUGUGUCUGCAAAUAUGUAUCAAUAAUAAGGCAUCUUUAACUAAAAUAUAUACCUUAGACUGGAAUGUGUCUCUGUGAAGUCUCUCUCUACAAACCGGGACACCAUUUUACUCUUUUUUUUUCUUUCUUAUCCUUUUUUUUUUUUUUUUUCCCUAUCCAUCUGCAUAUGAGAUUAGUUGCCUUCUGUACUGCUUUUCCACUCCUAACCUGUUGUGAUUUUUCUUGACAGCUCAUUGUAUGAGUUAUUUUAUGUUCAUUGUCACUGAUGAUUUCUAAUGAUGUCAUUGUUGAAGGCAAGAGUCUGGAUCAGAGGACUUCUCAAAGGUCACAUUGAUCUCUCAUUGGUUCCUGUAAUUGCCCAGCAAACUUGCUUGCCCACUGGCCUUAACACAGCAUCAUGGAGCCAAUUAAUGCUUCAGAGGAGACUCACAACUCUGACUGGCUAAACUGGGGAAAUCUUUUGUGUAAGAUGCAGUGAGUACUUUAAUCCCGACCUGGAAGCUCUCUGGAAGAAAAGUUAAGCUGCUGAUCAGGUGCUUUUCUUGAUUAUGGUCAAAAUGUUGAGUAUCUUGUGGGUUCAUAUCUAUUUCUUCUGAUCUAGCAAGUAGUAAUGUUUAAAAUGCCAAGGUUUGUUAUGUGCUUCUAUUUCAAAAAACUCUAACGUAGCAUAUCGUUGAGCUUCUAGCAUGGUCAAAUCACAAAUGGAGGUAAUUUGCACCUAUCUGUACUUACUGAAUUGGCAAGCCCUCUUGUUCUCAUGUUGUAUUGUGUAUAGGUUUGGUCACUUAAAGGCCUCCUCUUGCUUGGACUGGUGAUAGACCAGAUGGCAUCCUCUAUUACCACUGAAACUGAAAAUGUUGCUAUAUAUGGAAAAUAAAGGAACAAAACUCUGCUGCUAUGGAAUUAUCAAUGAAAAGUCCCAAAGACAAAACUUUAGGAAGUGCAAAAAUGUAUCAAGUGUGCAGGAUCCUCAGCAUGAGAAAAUAAUAACUGUGACUUCUAAUGGAAGUAUUCACAGCCCCAAGUUUCCACACACAUACCCACGCAAUACUGUACUGGUGUGGAGAUUAGUAGCAGUAGAUGAAAAUGUAUGGAUACAACUUACUUUCGAUGAAAGAUUUGGGCUUGAGGACCCAGAAGAUGACAUUUGCAAGUAUGACUUUGUAGAAGUUGAAGAACCUAGUGAUGGCACUGUUUUAGGGCGCUGGUGUGGUUCCAGUAGUGUGCCAAGUAGACAAAUCUCCAAAGGAAACCAGAUCAGAAUAAGAUUUGUGUCUGAUGAAUAUUUUCCUUCUCAACCCGGAUUCUGCAUCCAUUAUACACUUCUUGUGCCACACCACACAGAAGCACCUAGCCCAUCAUCGCUACCCCCAUCAGCUUUGCCACUAGAUGUAUUAAACAAUGCUGUUGCUGGAUUUAGUACUGUGGAAGAACUUAUCCGGUACCUUGAACCAGAUCGGUGGCAGCUGGAUUUGGAAGACUUGUACAGGCCAACGUGGCAACUUCUUGGAAAGGCAUAUAUUCAUGGGAGAAAAUCAAGAGUGGUUGAUCUCAACUUGCUAAAGGAAGAAGUGCGGCUGUAUAGUUGUACUCCUCGCAACUUCUCAGUGUCACUGAGAGAGGAGCUGAAGCGAACUGACACCAUUUUCUGGCCACUGUGUCUUCUGGUUAAGCGUUGUGGUGGAAACUGUGCCUGUUGUCAUCAGAACUGCAAUGAGUGCCAAUGUAUACCAACAAAAGUCACCAAAAAGUACCACGAGGUUCUUCAGCUGAAGCCAAGGAGUGGUGUCCGAGGACUGCAUAAAUCACUGACAGAUGUACCCUUGGAACACCACGAGGAGUGUGACUGUGUAUGCAAAGGGAAUAGUGAAGGAUAAACAUGAUUUAAUUGUGCUGUUUUCUUUGAAGCACAUUCAAUCCUUGCUGAUUCUAUUAUGGGGCUUGUGCAUUAUCUCCUUCUGUAAUCUCAGUUGUUUGCUUUGGGGAACUUCCAUCUUCAAGAUUUACAGUGAGCUCUAAAAAGAGAAGCAAAACUGGGAUUAUGUGAUGUAUGACAGCUCUGUUUGGAGGCCCAGUUAAAGGACGGGAGAAAGGCAUCAAUGAGGGAUUUAAAAUACAUGUUGUUGUUGGUUUUGUUUUUUUUUUUUUUUCUUUUUGUCCCCUCCAGUUUUCUUGACAAUACAUGGAUUUAUAAUUUAGGAGUAAAAAUAAAGUUAGGAGGCUUGCAUCAUGGAGACUUGAUCCUGCUGGCUGUUUCAUUUCUACACCUCCAGAACAUCUGGCCCCUAGCUGAAAACAUCUGAAAUCUUUCUGUGUUCAACUACUCCUAUGUACUCGAAGCAUUCUCUGUUUUAUAAUUUGGUUUAUAACAGACUGUCUUGUUCUGAAUUAAACUUAAUUUGUCUAACGCUGGUAGGAAAGACUGGAUUUUUUCAUAUGCUCUAGUAAAGCUCCUGCCUUUUAGAAAGAAGACUGGACAAUAACAUGAGCUAAGGAAGAAAACAUUGAAAAGAACAAUGCCUUUAUUCUUAAUACUAUGGCCGAUGAGAUGAUUUUUUGUUUGUUUGUUAUUUUUAUUGUGUACAUUUUUAUACUCUUCUUUUUGACAAUAUAACUAUUUGCUUUUCUAAACUUGUUAAAUAUAUCUAUUUUUACCAAAGGUAUUUAAUAUUCUUUUGUAUUACAAUCUAGAUCAACUAUUUUUUAGUUUUAUGAAUCUUUAAAGACAGAUUUGUACAGCUCGAGGAACAUAGAAGAGAUUACAAUGGGAUAGGAGCACUAUAUUUUUACUUAGUUGCUACACAGUGAAAAAGUUUUUUUUUUGUUUGUUUGUUUUUUUUUAAACCUGCAAGCAUGGUAAUAAUAAAAAGCUCAAAGCUUUGCUAGCUCCAUGAUACUGAAUAUACAAGAGAUGGACAUUACUAUAUGGACAUUACUAUAAGUGGUUUCAGAAGCUGAUGUUAAAAAUUCCCUCUCUCCAUUCUAGCUUGUGUUCCAGUAGAAAUGAGAUGAACAUAGAUAGAUGCAUUGUGGCUUGUUUAACUUUUUAGUUUCUUAAAAGUAGGAUGAUCUACAACAUAAGUUCAGUGGCUUAUAGCCUUCAUGAUGCAUCAUUGUCAUGGGAAGGCAACCUUGUUAACAUUGAAGUGUAUGGUUUUCCACUGACUUAUCACUGUUUAAAUCCUGUUCACUCAUGGGAUUGUAACAUUCUUCAGUACAGUUAGAUCAACUAUGGUUAUGUUCUGUACUUUAUAUCCUCUAACCAAUACACUUAUCCCACCCUAUUCAAAUUGAAAAGAAAACAGUAAAAUAUUUUGCUUGUAAAAUGCUUUAACAUUAUGCCUAGUUUAUUUUUAUUUUUAUUUUUUACUAUUGGAUUGUAAUGAAUCACCAAAUAAAGUAAUAAUGCUAAUUUUGGGAGAAA